UUUGAAGCUGUGCCUGUUUCAUUCCAACAUCGACUCGACUACGGUACACGUAUAGAAAAAAAGUAAGAAAAUUAUACGUAAAAUUCAAUUUUAAAUCGGUUCUCUGCCCUCCAGAAAAUAUUCGGAAAAAAUAAAACAAGAAAAAAUUUAAUUCCAAUCCUCAAUUCAAUACACAUAACUCGUUACCAUGCGUGAAAUUGUACAUAUCCAGGCUGGCCAAUGCGGCAAUCAAAUCGGCGGCAAAUUCUGGGAGGUAAUCUCCGAUGAGCACUGCAUCGACGCAACGGGUACAUACUAUGGUGAUAGCGAUCUGCAACUGGAGCGCAUUAAUGUCUACUAUAAUGAAGCCACCGGCGCGAAAUAUGUACCGCGUGCUAUUCUCGUCGAUCUGGAACCCGGCACCAUGGAUUCUGUGCGCUCGGGUGCUUUUGGACAGAUUUUCAGACCCGAUAACUUUGUGUUUGGUCAGUCUGGUGCGGGCAACAAUUGGGCAAAGGGUCACUAUACCGAAGGUGCCGAGUUGGUCGAUUCUGUGCUCGAUGUGGUGCGCAAGGAGUCUGAAGGAUGCGAUUGCCUACAGGGCUUUCAGCUGACCCACUCUCUGGGCGGUGGCACCGGCUCUGGCAUGGGCACAUUGCUCAUCUCGAAGAUUCGAGAGGAGUAUCCUGACCGUAUCAUGAACACCUUCUCCGUUGUGCCUUCGCCCAAGGUAUCUGAUACCGUGGUUGAACCCUACAAUGCCACUCUGAGUGUCCAUCAGCUGGUGGAGAAUACGGACGAGACGUACUGCAUCGACAAUGAAGCGCUCUACGACAUCUGCUUCCGCACUCUGAAGCUGACUACGCCCACGUAUGGUGAUCUCAAUCACUUGGUGUCGGCCACAAUGUCUGGAGUAACCACCUGCUUGCGUUUCCCGGGUCAAUUGAAUGCCGAUCUUCGCAAGCUGGCCGUCAACAUGGUGCCCUUCCCCCGUCUGCACUUCUUUAUGCCCGGAUUUGCACCCCUAACAUCCCGAGGAUCGCAGCAAUACCGUGCUCUGACCGUACCGGAGCUGACCCAGCAGAUGUUCGAUGCCAAGAACAUGAUGGCUGCCUGUGAUCCACGACAUGGUCGCUAUCUAACCGUGGCAGCCAUCUUCCGUGGCCGCAUGUCCAUGAAGGAGGUGGAUGAGCAGAUGCUCAAUAUACAGAACAAAAACAGCAGCUUCUUUGUCGAAUGGAUUCCAAACAACUGCAAGACGGCCGUGUGCGACAUCCCACCCAGAGGGCUGAAAAUGUCGGCCACCUUCAUUGGCAAUUCGACGGCCAUUCAGGAGUUGUUCAAGCGUGUAUCCGAACAGUUUACUGCCAUGUUCCGGCGCAAGGCCUUCUUGCAUUGGUACACGGGCGAGGGAAUGGAUGAAAUGGAGUUCACAGAGGCGGAGAGCAACAUGAACGAUUUGGUAUCAGAGUAUCAGCAGUACCAGGAGGCAACUGCCGAUGAGGAGGGUGAAUUCGAUGAGGACGAAGAGGGAGGCGGCGAUGAAUAAUUUCAAACCGAUCUCUAAACUAUAUAUAUAUAGACGGAAUCUAAAGCACACACACAUGCGCGCAACCCUGAUAAAGAAGAAGAAGCAAACGACCAUCUGGUUAAUACUCAAGUUGUUACAAUUGUGUUAUGUAUUUGUUACAAAUGUUACAGAUUUCAACUCCCAUUUGAAGGUGCGACACAAACACAGACGCAGACACACACACAUACAUGCAUGUCAUUAAAGAAGUUCGAAAUUCGAAUGCAAUUUUAAA